AGCGCAAGACGCCAAGAUGAGCAACACAGAAACAGACAACACUUUCCUCCUCAAAGACGUUCCUCAGGAGAUAUCCUCUGAGGUGCGUCAGUACCUGGAGCCUUUUUGUCUUUCUGUGGAGAAGCUGCAAGAUGUUUCUAAUCGGCUACUGGAAGCUAUGAAACAAGGUCUGGACAAACAGAUGCAUGACAAUGCACCCGUCAAGAUGCUGCCUACCUUCGUUACGGCAACACCAGAUGGGACGGAGCAAGGAGACUUCCUGGCUGUAGAUCUGGGUGGAACAAACUUACGGGUGUUUCACGUCAAAUUAUUGCCGGAGGCCAAUAAUUUGAAAAUAAAGGCCGAGACAGAAGGGCCCAUCUCUCAGGAAAUCAAGGAUGGACCUGGAGAAGAGCUGUUUGACUAUAUCGCAACCUUAAUUAGUGAGAUCCUCAACUCGAAGGACCUGAAAGAAAAGCAUGUUCCACUGGGGUUCACCUUCUCCUUUCCCUGUGAGCAGAAGAGCAUUGACAAGAGCAUCCUGAUCAGGUGGGUUAAAGGCUUCAAAUGCUCAGGGGUGGAGGGAGAGGACGUGGCAAACCUUCUGAAAGAGGCUAUGAAGAAGAAAGAGGACUGUGACAUUGGGCCAGUGACCAUGGUGAACGACGCAGCGGGUAUAAUGAUGAGCUGCAGAUACAUUUACCCCAACUGCGACAUUGGGAUGAUAAUCGGAACGGGAACCAAUGCCUGCUACAUGGAGGAGAUGAAGAACAUAAAGUACAUGGAGGGUGAGGAUGGACAGAUGUGCAUCAACACAGAGUGGGGCGGCUUUGGAGACGACGGCUCCCUCAGUGACAUCCAGACAGAGGCCGAUAAGAAGGUGGACGAGAAUUCCAACAACUCCGGAGUCCACAUCUUUGAGAAGAUGAUCAGUGGGAUGUACCUGGGGGAAAUUGUUGGACGGGUGCUCUUGGCUCUGACGCAGAAGAAGCUGCUGUUUAAGGGAAAGGUGCCGGAGAAGCUGCGUGAUCCAACAAAGUUUAAGUCAAAGUACAUCUCUGACAUUGAGCAUGAGGAAAAAGGUCUGGAAAAUGCCAUGGGUCUCCUGGAUUGUGAUGAGGUUGAUGCCCGCAUAGUGCAAUUUGUCUGUGCCACCAUCUCCUCACGCGCUGCUCAUCUCUGUGCGGCUGCAGUGGCAUCUAUUGUCAAACGUAUUUGUGAAAACCGACAGCUUGAACAACUCAAAACCACCGUAGGGGUUGAUGGAUCGGUGUACAAAUUCCAUCCCAAAAUAAGCGGAAAGAUCAAGAAAAUGGUGGAGCGCCUCGCCCCUAAAUGCAAAAUCGACUUUAAAGAAGUGGAGGACGGAAGUGGAAAAGGUGCUGCCAUUGUUUCGGCUGUUGUUCAGAGGCUGGCUCUCAAGUCAGGCAACUAGAGGACACCAGCAGCGAUGACGAAGAGGAGGAGGAGCAGAACGGGGAAGAUAAAUGACAAAGGGCUGUUUAAGAUGUUUUUAAGACAAACAUAUAUGAAUUUUUUUUAAAACCCUGCUAUAUUUUUUUGUCUAUUUUUAAAAUGUUAUGUAAAGAUAACUGAUCGGCUGUGUUAAACACUCCCUAAAUAAAAUGCCAACUUGUUUUUGCUUUAGAACAAAUGUUUUUUAGAACAAAUUAUCUAAUAAUGUUUCUGGAAGACGUUGAUUUGUACUGGAAGAUGUUAAGCAGCUUUAAUGUAUUAAAGUUGUUGCUGAGUUUUA